GAAGCCCAGGAGAGUCUCUGGAGGUCACAAAAGCCCUUUCAUUGUGUUCAGAGUCAUCAUGUCUGCUCUCUGUAGGUUUGACACAAAGGGCUUUCAUUGCACCUUGUUUUGGCUAUGGGGAGGGGGUGGUUCUGCUUAGACAAAGCCUCAAAUUGUGAGUGUAACUGAAGAAGGGGUCUGCUGUUAGAGACUAAGAGUUCCCAUGCCAGUCCUUUGUGGAGAUUCCAGGAGUGCAUUUUCUCUGCUUGAUGCUAAGUUUUGGGUUUGUGGUUCUCAUCCAUGACUGGAGGAUGCCCACAUUGGUUAAAUGUAUCCUUUUAACUUUUAGGUCUGGUGGGAAUUUUGAUCUUAUGCUUGGAGUUUUAAGGGUAGAGCACAGUAGACUAGACUGCUGAGAACCCCGGCAUCUUGAAAUGCUUCCUGAGGGAGAAGAGGGCAUAAGGAUUGAGUUGGCCCCAGGAAAUCAGAAAACAGACUAUAUAGGAAAAUAAAGCAGCUUCAGCACUGAUUCAAUUAAAACUCAAGAGGAACUCUGAGCACAGCCAGGAAUGGAGCCCUGGGUUCCUAUUGCAAAGCCUCAGCCCCAAAGAAGGCCUGUAGCACAACCUAAGGGGCUUCACAGGGGUGGCUAUCACAAGUCCAUCAUCCCUCAUUCUCAGCAAAGUGGUGAGAAGUUCUACCAGUGGUCAGACCUUCGAGGGGGCCCUCCACCAUGGCCAAAUCAAUGGGCCGACUACCAGCGGCCAAGCCAUCCAUAUAGGCCAGGGGAUCAGAAUAGGCCUCAUUCUAGGAAUGAGUAUUAUGAAGGUGGUUAUCCCAGUCAGCUCUAUCCCAGGCCAGGAUAUGAGAAUCCAUAUCAGAACCACCCUCCGACAAGCACAAGGGAAGAGUAUACCUAUGGGAGUUAUUAUCAUGGACCCUCACAACUGCUGAAAGAAGAGCGAGUUCCAAGGCAGGGGAGUCCGUACACUAGGCAUGGAGAUUAUAGGGAUCAGAAUCUCUACAGUGACUAUCACGAGGAAAGACAGAGCAGCCCAUUUGGGACAGAUGGUGAAAUUCAGUUUCGGUCUAAGAGUUAUGAUAUGUACAAGGAAAGCCCAGCUUCUGGCUCUGACAGGCAAGAAAGGCCGGAGGAAGAGGACCUGCAGAAUAAUGCAUUGGAAGGGGCCCACACUCAGCUCAAUGAGCUUUCAUUGUCUGGUGAAUCCAGCUUGCUCCAGCAGUAUAAGGAUUCCGGUCUUAGCUCCAGCAGCUAUGAGCUCAGUCAGUACAUGUUGGAUUCCUCUGAUCAGUUUGACUCAACCCCUUUGAAGACCUGGAGUCCUGUUCAGACAGGUGGCAGCAACACAGAAGAUGCGUCAGUUCGUCCUGUGGAUCCCAUGAAGUUCUUCAUCCCUCACACACCUGUGUGUUUUGGGCCAGGAGGUCAGCUGAUUCUGGUGUGCCCCAACCACCCAGCUCACGGGCAGGCAGCACUUGUGGAAGUGCACAGUUUAGAGGUUUUCCUUAAUGACACUGCAGAACAAGAGGAGCUAAGAGCUUUCUCAGGACCGCUGAUCAGGGAAGAUGUGCACAAAGUGGAUGUGAUGUUGUUUUGCCAGCAGAAGGCAGCUUUGAGUUCCAAGGCUGAGACCCCAAGGGGUAGAGACUUGGCCCUUCUCUGGAAGUUGCUGGUUCUCCUCUGUCGACAGAAUGGAUCAAUGGUGGGGUCGGAUGUAGCUGAGCUGUUGAUGCAAGACUGCAAGAGGCUGGAGAGAUAUAAGAGACAAGCUCCUGUAGCUAACCUGAUCAACUUGACCGAUGAUGAUUGGCCAGUACCGAGCUCUGGGACACCCAAUCUCCUCACUGGUGAGAUUCCUCCCAGCAUGGAGACUCCAGCCCAGAUUAUCGAGAAGUUUACUAAACUUCUCUUCUAUGGAAGAAAGAAGGAAGCCCUGGAAUGGGCCAUGAGGAAUCAUUUGUGGGGCCAUGCACUCUUCUUGUCCAGCAAGAUGGACCCAAGGACCUACAGCUGGGUCAUGAAUGGCUUCAUUAGCUCUCUGGCCCUCAACGAUCCCCUGCAGACUCUCUUCCAGCUCAUGUCCGGGAGGAUUCCUCAGGCAGCUACGUGCUGUGGGGACCAGCAUUGGGGAGACUGGAGGCCACAUCUGGCAGUAAUGCUUUCCAAUCAUGCUGGAGACCCAGAAUUGCACCAGCGAGCCAUCAUUACGAUGGGAGAUACCCUGGCGGGGAAAGGGCUAUUGGAGGCAGCUCACUUCUGCUACCUGAUGGCCCAUUUGCCUUUUGGUCACUACACUGUGAAGACAGACCACCUGGUUUUGCUGGGCAGUAGCCACAGUCAGGAGUUUUUGAAAUUUGCAACCACUGAGGCCAUCCAAAGGACGGAAAUCUUCGAAUACUGUCAGAUGUUGGGACGCCCCAAAUCCUCCAUCCCUUCUUUCCAGGUAUACAAACUACUUUAUGCCUCCCGUCUGGCGGAUUACGGCCUCACAUCCCAGGCCCUGCAUUACUGUGAGGGUAUCAGCUCAAUCCUCCUGAGCCAGACGCAGAGCAUCCACCCUGUGCUAUUAGCAGAACUCAUCAAGUUAUCAGAACAGCUGAAGCUGUCAGACCCUCUGCUCUUGGAAAGACGUCAUCGAGGGAAAGAGCAGGAACCUGGGUGGUUGGUAAAGCUUCGAGAAAGGCACCGAGAGCUCAAGUUGGCAAAACAGGCAGAAGAAGACCCUGGUGAUCCUGAUUUCAUUUACACAGAUAUUUUAAAAGCCAGACAGCCAACAGCAGAAAACAACGUUUACCAAGAUCCCCGUCAGGUUCAGGGCUACUCAGAUCCCCUCAGGUAUCCCUCAUCCAUGCAGCUCCCACCUGAGGGAACAGGUCUGAGCCAGCCAAAUCUGCAGCAGCAUCCUCCCUUCCAGCCAGACCUGAAUUCUUCUGGGGAAGGAGCAGGGCAUCCAGGCACACCGGUACCUCUUUAUGCCAGGCCAGAGACAACAAUGACAGCAUCCUCUGUAACAACACAGCCAGAGGAAGAUCGGCAGGUAUACCUGCCCCAGGAGGAUAUUCCAGAAUCUCAAAACUCAUACCAGUACCAGUAUCCUGAGAUUCAAAAGACUCCAUUGGCUCCCAGAGUGCGAGGCAUUUCUGAAAGUUCCACCAUUUCAUGUGAUGAGGAAAAAGAAGACCCCUCUGAUGAUGAUGAAAAGAAAGCUGUCCAAGAUAAUGCAAAGAACAAGAAGGAAUCAGAAAAGAAUGCAAAGGGCUCCGGGUUUGGAUGGUUUGGUUGGUUUCGGUCAAAACCUACUAAGAUGUCUUCUGUGGAAGAGGACUCCUCUGACAGCCCUGACUCUGAGGAGACACCCACCGAAGCUCAGCCUCCCCUGGCUAGCACAAUCCCCUCCAUGUCCUCUAUGCCCUUUUUUCUGCCUCACCCAGGUGCCAACACUGUCUCCAGUCCAGGUGAUGGUGAAAGAAGAGGAUCCAUGAUUAAUAAAAAUCUGCCUUCAAUGGAGGGUUCCCCCCAUGAACUUCCUUUCAAUACCACUGGCCUACCUCCUCCUCCCACCUUAGGAAAUGCUGUCCCUCUCUACAACCCAUCUCAGGUGCCUCAGCUCUACAUGACUACAAGUGUGAAUCGGCCAAAUCGCCUUGCUCAGCGGCGUUAUCCAACUCAAUCAUGACAGGAAUAACUUAGAACAUCCUUCCUGGACUUCAGGAUUUUCUCCCCCAUAGCUGGGACACAAAACAGUGGCGCUGCCUUUAUAUCUGGCCUUUUUUCUUAACCACCUUGUGUCUUGAUCUGUCCUCUUGGGAAGCAAUGGGGGUCCUUAUUACCACAUCAUUAUCUCCACAAAAGACACUGGAAGGCCAGGAGAGUGGCCUGCUUCAUUAUUUGUUGAACUACUUCAGACAAAUAGGAGGGAAUUGCUUCAAAGGGUGUGUGUGGGGAAGCCCUUGGUAUAAAAGCAGACUGUUAGUAAAGAAAAGUGCACUGAAAACUCUCUGAGAUGGUGAUGACUUUCUCAGGAAAGCAAGGAUGCACAGCACCCUUUCCUAGAGUCAUUUAGAAUACCACUUGGCACGGUUAGGAAAUUUACUAUAGAGGAGAAAGAUGGGCAAAUUAUAGAAUAACUUUUUAUCUAUACUAUAAGUGCCAGAACUAAGUUCUUAAGUUGCCAUGUGGUAGAGGCAGCUAGAUGGUGCAAUGGAUAGAGCACUGGUCCUGGAGUCAGGAGUACCUGAGUUCAAAUCUGACCUCAGACACUUACUAGCUGUGUGACCCUGGGCAAGUCCCUUAACUUUGAUUGCCUUAAAAAAGAUGCCAUGUGGUAGAGUGGAUAGAGAGCCAGUCUUGGAGUCAGGAAGACAUAGGUUCAAGUCCUUUCUCUGACACUUAUUAUUUGGGUGACCCUUGGCAAGUGUGAGAUUUAAAG